UCUGUGAUAAAGGUAUCACUCCAUCUUCUGGCUUGUAUGGUUUCCAAUAAGAAGUCUGCUGUAAUUCAUAUCUUUGUUCCUGUGUAUGUAGUGUGUUUUUGUUUUUUUUUCCUUUGGCUGUCUUUAGAAUUUUAUCUUUGUCUUUUGUUGUCAGCAGUUUGAAUAUGAUAUGUGUAGGUGUGUGGUGCUGUGUUGUUUGGUUUGGUUUUGUAUUUGUCCUUCUUGGUAUUCUCAGAGAUUCUUGGAUCUAUAGUUUGGUAUCUGUCAUUAAUUUUGGAAAAUUCUUGGCUAUUAUGUCUUCAAAUAUUCCUUCCACCCAUUCUCUGUCUUCUCUUUUUGGGAUUCUAAUUAUGCAUAAGUUAGAUUGUUUAAUACAUCCCACAGCUCUUGGAUGUUCUCUUAAAUUAUUAUUUUUCAUUUUUAAAAAAAUUCUGUUUUUCUCUUUCUGUUUUAGUUUGGGUAAUUUCUAUUGACCUAUCUUGAAUUUCAUCGAUUCUCUCUUUGAGAGAAUGGUUUGAUGGUCCUGUCAGAGGCAUUCUUUAUCUCUGUUAACCACGUUUUUCACUUUUAGUAUUACAUUUCAGUUCUUUCUUACAGUUUCCAUCACCCUGUUGCACUUUCUAGUAUUAAUUUUUAUUUUUUUCCUUUCCAGCUAGCUGCCAUAUAGGGCAAGAUUUGAAUUUUGUUAGUUUUUUCUUAUGCCUCUUUUAGGUUUGGAAAAGGCUUUUGGCCCAGAACUCACUAAGAACUAUUCCAAAAUAGAAGGACAUAAGGAAUGCACUCAAACUAGCUUGGCCUGAAAGUAGGAAGUGAGAAGAGAGUUAUAGACCAGUUGCAUUGAGGAAUGAAGAGCUGCUGUGUGUAUUCACCAAUCUGAUUGACUUGCCCAGGGAGGUUGAAACAUCUAUCUCCAGAAAUGUCUUUGAAAAAUAAAGAGCAAGAUGACCAAUACAGUCCUCCAUCUAGGAUCCAUCUGGAGCAUGAAGAGGAAUCAUGUAAUGACUUUCAGCAAUUUGAGACCAAUGAUCAAUGCAGACCUUAUCCUAGGAUCCAUUUGGAGCCUCAAGAGAAACCAGAUACUAACUUCAAGCAAUUUGUCAUCAAAAAACUAGAGAAGAGUUGCCAGUGCAGUUCAACCAAAGCCAGAAAUAUCAUUUUUGGCUUCCUUCCUGUUUUGCAGUGGCUCCCAAAAUAUAAUCUGAAGAAAAACAUUUUAGGAGAUGUGAUGUCUGGCUUGAUUGUGGGCAUCUUAUUGGUGCCCCAAUCCAUUGCUUAUUCUCUCCUGGCUGGCCAAGAACCUGUCUAUGGUCUGUACACAUCUUUUUUUGCCAGCUUCAUUUAUUUCCUAUUGGGUACCUCCCGUCACAUUUCUGUGGGCAUUUUUGGAGUACUGUGCCUUAUGAUUGGUGAAGUAGUUGACCGAGAACUAUACAAAGCUGGCUAUGACACUGCCCAUGUUGCUCCUUCUUUAGGAGUGGUUUCAAAUGAGAGCACAUUAUUAAGCCAGACAUCAGGCAAGAUAUGUGACAAAAGUUGCUAUGCAAUUAUAGUUGGCAGCACUGUAACCUUUAUGGCUGGAGUUUAUCAGGUAGCGAUGGGCUUCUUUCAAGUGGGCUUUGUUUCAGUCUACCUCUCAGAUGCCUUGCUGAGUGGAUUUGUCACUGGUGCCUCCUUCACAGUUCUUACAUCUCAGGCCAAGUAUCUCCUUGGACUCAGCCUUCCUCGGAGUAGUGGCGUGGGAUCACUCAUCACUACUUGGAUACAUAUCUUCAGAAACAUCCAUAAGACCAAUAUCUGUGAUCUCAUCACCAGCCUUUUGUGCCUUUUGGUUCUUUUGCCAACCAAAGAACUCAAUGAGCGCUUCAGGUCCAAACUUAAGGCACCUAUUCCUACUGAACUCUUUGUUGUUGUGGCAGCCACAUUAGCAUCUCAUUUUGGAAAACUAAAUGAGAAAUACAAUACCAGUAUUGCUGGACAUAUUCCCACUGGGUUUAUGCCACCCAAAGCACCGGACUGGAACUUAAUUCCUAAUGUGGCUGUAGAUGCAAUAGCUAUUUCUAUCAUUGGGUUUGCUAUUACUGUAUCACUUUCUGAGAUGUUUGCCAAGAAACAUGGCUACACAGUCAAAGCUAAUCAGGAAAUGUAUGCCAUCGGCUUUUGCAAUAUCAUUCCUUCCUUCUUCCACUGCUUUGCUACUAGUGCAGCUCUUGCAAAGACAUUGGUUAAAGAAUCCACAGGCUGUCAAAGUCAGCUUUCUGGUGUGGUGACAGCUCUGGUUCUUUUGUUGGUCCUCUUGGUAAUAGCUCCUUUAUUCUAUUCCCUUCAGAAAAGUGUCCUUGGUGUGAUCACUAUUGUAAAUCUCCGGGGAGCCCUACUUAAAUUUAAGGAUCUGCCUGAGAUGUGGAGGAUUAGCAGAAUGGAUACAGUUAUCUGGUUUGUUACUAUGCUGUCCUCUGCACUGAUAAGUACUGAAAUAGGCCUGCUUGUUGGGGUUUGUUUUUCUAUGUUUUGUGUCAUCCUCCGCACUCAGAAGCCAAAGACUUCAUUGCUUGGUGUGGUGGAAGAGUCUGAAAUCUUUGAAUCCAUGUCUGCCUACAAGAACCUUCAGGCUAAGUCAGGCAUCAAGAUUUUCCGCUUUGUAGCCCCUCUCUACUACAUAAACAAAGAAUAUUUUAAAUCUUCCUUAUACAAAAAAACUCUCAACCCAGUCUUAGUAAAGGCAGCUCAGAAGAAGGCAGCAAAGAAAAAGAUCAAAAAGGAAACAGCAACUCUCAGUGGAAUCCGGGAUGAAGUUUCAGUGCAACUUUCCCAUGAUCCCUUAGAGUUCCAUACCAUAGUGGUUGACUGUAGUGCAAUACAAUUUUUAGAUACAGCAGGGAUCCAUACACUGAAAGAAGUUCGCAGAGAUUAUGAAGCCGUUGGCAUCCAGGUUCUGCUGGCUCAAUGCAAUCCCUCUGUGAGGGAUUCCCUGGCCCGGGGAGAGUAUUGCAAAAAGGAAGAAGAAAACCUUCUCUUUUAUAGUGUAUAUGAAGCAAUGACUUUUGCAGAAGACUCUCAAAAUCAAAAAGAUAUAUAUGUUCCCAAUGGUCUGGGUUUUUCCAGUGACUGAUUGAGAAAGUAAAUAGAAGGAAGAAUACUGUCUAGCCCCAGAGGUUAAAAUUUCAAGUUUUUUGGGCUUCCCUGGUGGCGCAGUGGUUGAGAAUCCACCUGCCGAUGCAGGGGUCACGGGUUCGUGCCCCGGUCCGGGAAGAUCCCACAUGCCACAGGGCGGCUGGGCCCGUGAGCCAUGGCUGCUGAGCCUGUGAGUCCAGAGCCUGUGCUCCGCAACGGGAGAGGCCACAACAGUGAGAGGCCCGGAUACCACAAAAAAAAAAAAAAAAAAAAAAAUUCAGGUUUUUUAACAUUUUAUACUGUGGAACUGGAAAUUGUUGCACACUAGAAAUUUUAACCUUUUGGCUCGACAGAAUUCUUCCUUUGAAACUGAUGGCCUUUGUAGAUACACAGAUGCAGCAGAGCUUUUAGUUAGGCAGAAUCAAAAAGAAGAAAAUAUUGUGCUUUUAAGCUUUCUUGCAAAUAUGAGAUAUUCUUGGAAUUAAAUAAAUAUCUAUCGAAUUGAACUGUAAAGUAGCCCCAAAACUUAAUUACCAUCCUGUUUUAGGAGAUUUGCAUCUGGACUGUUCCUCCUCCAGGAGGUAAAGGGGUAAAGUUGGCAUUUACAUGAGAAGUGCUGGAGCCUGUUUGGCAUGGCUCUUUGGAGAGGGAGUAGAAAGGAAGUAGGGAGAGAAUGUUGUGUGUGCUCUCCUAACAGCAGGUCAAGAGGCUUCUGGGGUACGCGGGGUAGUAACUAGACAAGCUUGUUCUCACUUGUAAUUCUCUAUUCCCUGUCUUUGCCCCCCAGAUGGCAGUCGGAUCUCUGGCUUUUAAUAAGAAAGCACCAUUCCUCUCGGGCACAGUCUUAUCAGGAGUCUGAUGGCUGAGCAGGUUUGUGAAAUCCUACCAGCCAGCCCCAUAUUAUACAGAAUGCUCUUGGUGAUACAUCUGAUGUUUUUAGUCAGCCUUUUUGUUUAGGGUAAGUAGGUAAGAAAAGAGCUCUUCAUAAUCAGCCAACAUAAUGAGAAUCCUCUGCGUCUCUUCUGUGAUCCCUAUCUGUCCCUGUUUCUGAGUAUUUCUCUACCAUUAAGCUCUGUUUUAACUUUCAUUUAGUGUGUUUCCCGUGGAAUCUGUCCUGAACUAUGUCUGAUUACCAGUGAGUGACAAGUUUGCCAGAUAAAAGGCAAAAUGCUAACUCAGCAAUUUUAUGUAGCCUUUUAAAUGAGCUUGAGGCAAACUGUUCAGGACAAAUUACAAAAAGGAAUGAUUGACAGCUUCCCUUAAGACUUUGUUCAUUUAGCAGUGAAUUUUUUUUUUCUUUCCCAUUGUAUUUUAGCAAGGGUCAGCUGGGAAUCGACAGUCUUUCUCAUAUUUGAGAAGCUGCUGUUCAUCUUUACUCUGCAAGAAAAAUUUAUUAUAACCAAUGGAAAAGAAUGCAUAGAAGUGAUAAGAGUGCUUCCAAAACAACAUCAAUAAUUGUAGAUGUUUUAGUGAAACAAAGCUAAUGCUUACUGCCAUGCACCCUAUUGAUGUACAAUAAAUAUUGAUGACAGUGACAGCAUUUAACUCUUUAGGCCACCUCAAACUAUUAUGUAAGAGAAUUUAGAAGCAUCACAUUUAUACAACCUAAGUUCUGUGGGUAUAUUAUUUAUGAUAGCUGGUCACAGGUUUUGGCCCAGAAAUACUUCCUUUUGAAAAGCAAGUGUGUCUGACAUUGAAAGCUUAUAGUUCUGUAUCUGUACUUUUAAGGGUGAGGAAAAAAAAAACAGGUUUUCCAAAGUUAGGACUAGGAGACUAGUUGAUGUGAAAUUGAAACAUUUAGCACACCAUUUUAAACAAGAUAAAAAUUGCAAAAGUGAAAAAUAAUUUUUAACCCACUCCUACAUUCUAAACAGUUUAAAUAUUUAUAAGAAGCAAAGCCUAUGUUUAGGGCAUCUGUUGGAGUGGAAGACUUUGAACCAUCUUUCUUGUUGGCUCCAUAAACUGCAAGUGUUGCUUUUCUUUUGGUAGAGCUCUGCCCAUCAGUUUACAUGAAAAAUGCCUUUCUGUUAUUAAAACAAAGAAGUUUCUUAGGAGCUAGAUUUCUGUCUUUGAGGUGAUUGACAUCAUGAUUAAAUGUAAUAGUGUCCUGAGUUUUAACAUCCUUUUAGAACUUAAGUCUAGAAUUUCAGAAAUGUUAACUGCUGUUUGUAUUCGUGUCUUUUGCUUAUUGUUUGUAGCCAGUAUUUGCUGUUUCUCUCCAGUCUUAUGAAUAGUAAUAGUAAAAUCAGAGCGUCUUGGUUGUCAUUUGUUUUCAGCCCCUCUUGUACCUCCCCAAGCCAGAUUUGAAUCUAGAUCAUUGUAGAUAUCUAAUGCCAUGUGACAGAGUAAUGAGUACAUGUUCAAGACGACUCUAUAAUUUAGCAAACCCUACCACAGCAAAAAAAACACAAAAAAACAAAAACCCAUAGAAUUUGGAAAAUCUCUUAAAAGAACAGAGUAACAGGGUUUGUCUUUUGCCUGCCAUUUCUGUCCAUAAGGUGGAUAUAAGCAAUUUUGGAACUUUAUGCAGUUAGCAGAUUCUUGAAUUGUGUUCUGGUUUGUUCUUCUCCCACCUACCCAAACAAACAAGAGAUUCUGCUUUUGAAAGCCAUUUGUAAAAAUAUUUAAGGUAUCACUAGAAUUUAAAUCUUACCUUCUCUGCUUGGUUUGAAGUCUGCCUAUACUUACAUGUUAAGAUUUUUUGAUUGCUGGUAUUUAAAGGAAUCAAACCUGAAACCAAAAUCUAAUUCACCAAUAAAACUAAUAUUUUUCAUUUGCUUUUUUACUCAAGGGUUUGGACUUUAAUUCAUUAGGUGAUAUUUUACACACUUUACUGAUACGAAGAUAUCAUGCUUACUCUAAACUUUGGAGUCUAAAUGAAGCAUAUUUGCAUUGCUUAUUGAUAAAUGUACAAAAUUCUGAAUAUCUUAAAAUGGUUGUUUAAUUGAAAUAUGUAUACACUCUUGAUGGUUAAAACAACCAGAGGGGUGGAGUGGGCCAAUGCACCGAGAGACUAAGGGUAACAUUCAAGAGAGAGAUGAAGGGAAUAGACCAUUGAAAAGACUAUCUCUGACCAAACAUGGGAUAAAAGAGAGGGACUCAGUUGAAUAGGAUCCAAUCCCUGGUUAGCCACGCACAACAGUAGGAAGACCAUGAUUAAGAGCCACACCUUAGUUUGAAAGCAAGCUCAGAACUGGAUUCUGCUUCCAGAAGGGGAGGGCACAGAUUCACCAAAGCUGAAAGACCUGGUAGCCAAGGUUGGGGCCAAAGCCCGGGUUGACCUACUCCAGAGCACUAGACUGAGUGACUGUAGCCUCUGAUGGUAGUAAAAUUGACAGAUGCCUAGCUGACUUUUUUUUUUUUUUAAAGAAGGAUCAAAGGAAAACACAAUUUGGAUAGUCUGACUUAGCUUUUUUUUUGCGGUACACAGGCGGCCUCUCACCAUUGUGGCCUCUCCCGUUGCGGAGCACAGGCUCCGGACGCGCAGGCUCAGCGGCCAUGGCUCACGGACCUAGCCGCUCCACGGGACCGGGGCACGAACCCGUGUCCCCUGCAUUAGCAGGCGGACUGUCAACCACUGCACCACCACGGAAGCCCUGACUUAGCUUUUAAACGUUAGUAGACUGAAGCCAAAAUUUGUUGGUAAAUUUACAGCAUGGUAAAUGGUGAUCUUUGAACUGUGUCAGGGUGUCAGAUGAGUUCAUUAGGCUAUUCUAAUGCUAAUGACCACAGUUUAACGAGAACAGUAAUUCUCUGCAUGGGUAUUCUCUUAGUAAUUUGUCAUUUAAGAUCACACAGUCUGGGUGUUAGCCCGGAUCUUAAUAUAAAAGUAAGAAAAGUGUUACAGUGAAUUUCUUGGGAACUUAAAUUGAGCCUAGAAGUUAUAAUGAUAAAUUCAAGCUUUGUGAUCCUUAUUAAUGUUCUAAUGAAUUGUUUUCCUCUAUGUAUUGCUAUAGAUGAGCCAUAACAUCAAUGUAGACAAUACCUCAAAUACUUCCUGAGGACCUAUGCAGGAGUCUAGGGCCCUGGGCCAGGUGCUGGGACUACAGUACUAAAUCCAGUAGGUGGGCUAUAUGCUAACUCUUUUAGUAACACAUGGCGACACUUGGAGGUGCUUUAUGGAGGGGCUAAGCUGAGCCUGGACUGAGGUCUGAGCAGGAGGCAGGCAGCUGAGGCAAACAAGGAUGCCCCUGGUCUAUUCAAGGAAUGAUUGCACAGUGACAAGGUAAGAAUCCUAUCGAUAGGAUUUAGACUUGCUUAAUUUUUCUGUUCUUUAAUGUUUCUCUUUUUUUUUCUUCUACUGUUUUAUCUGUUCUAGUGAUGCCUUAUUUGAAACUGGGCCAUAAGAACAGCAAAAAGGAAGGAAUUGGAUCUAGAAGGUUUUUAGGCUCUGAACUAGUUUGGCUUUUUUUUUUUUUUUUUGGUGUAAGGAUUUUAGAUAAUCAUGAUGGGAAUCAUUCAUUUGAGUGCUAAUAACAAGAAUGAAAAUUAUAAUGCAAUAGGCCAAAAUAAUAUACCAGCUAGUUUGUUAUCAUAGCCUAUUAUUAAAGUAAAAUACUGUAAGUAUACAAUUUUAGGUUUUUUUUUUUUUGAAUGUUAGUAACUUUAGAAAUGGAGAAUUUACAUGUAGGAGUGGGGGAAAUUUAUUUUUAUAAGGUUAUUUUUAUCCUGACAAGGACUAUUUUUUAAAAAAGGGUUUUGCACUUGAAAUUUUAAAGUAAACAUGUUAAAUACAGUUAUAGCAAAUAGUGGAUUUUUUGGCAGGUAUUUUAUUUUUCUCCUAGUGAUAUAAAAGAGAAAGGAGAUAUUGAAUUAUGAAAACUGGAAUAACGAAGGACACUAAAUGCUUUUAUUGGAGGCACCAUGUUUGUAAAUCUACUCUGGAACAUUGUAUAACCUUUCUUGGAUUUGAAUUAUGGCUCCGAAAUUGGCCAAAUAAUUAUAAUCUUAUUAAAAAUACCAAUGACAGAAUUUCUAACUGAAGGUUUUUACUUGGCAAACAGACAAGCAGCCUUAGGCAGAAAGGAUUUUUAACUGCAGUUUUAAGAAACUUAUUUUAGGGAGGUUCUUUUCCCACAUCCCAUUUCCCAUCCCUAAAAUAAUAAGUUACUUGGAAUGAAACUGCUCUUGCCUUUUCAAUUCAAAUCAGUUGGGAAGUUACUGUUUGAGUUCUGAUGCUGCCAUGAUUUCUCAAAAAUUAGUGUGAACAAACCAGUCUGUAUAAAACGCUACCGUUUUUGGUCUCCUCUGCAAUUUUGUAUACAAAUCAAGACAAUAUCAGGGUGGGAGGUGAAUGAACUUAAAAUCUCAGUCUUGUUUAUUCACUAAAAAAGUAUACUGCCUUUUUUUUUUCCAAUUUAUUCAAGGCUAAUGACUUUUGGGGAUAUGUUUCAUACCAUGUAUAUCUUUUUAAAUUAAAGCAAGUGCCUUGAUGCUAUUCCACAUAAAUCUUGCUUAACCCUCUAUGGGAUGAGGAUGAGUUAUUGAUGGAUUACAGCCUAUUGCAGGAGAGGGGCAAUUGGUUAAUAGCAGAUCCUUUUCAUCUGGGAUCUAUUUGUGAUGUUUAUUAUAUAAGAUCCUAUAUGUGUUGUGAUCUACAGGUGUCAUUUGUCUGCUA